AAAGUUCAGAUGCACCGGCUAUUUGAGGCGAAGGCGGGGCUAAGGAAGGUGGAAGGAUGUGGAGCGCAGGGCACUGUGGGACACAGUGUGAGCAACGUGGGACGAGACGGAAGCCUCGGAGGGUCAGACUAUAGCGACGCGGGAAGUCCGGACGUGGUAGCUGUCUGAAUAGGAGGCCCAAAGUGGAGGCGCAGCACGGGCCGCGGCAAUGGCGGAGAGGCCCGAGGACCUAAACCUGCCCAACGCCGUCAUCACUAGGAUCAUCAAGGAGGCGCUCCCGGACGGUGUCAACAUCUCCAAGGAGGCCCGGAGCGCCAUCUCCCGCGCCGCCAGCGUCUUCGUGCUGUACGCCACGUCUUGUGCCAACAACUUCGCCAUGAAAGGGAAGCGCAAGACACUGAACGCCAGUGAUGUGCUCUCAGCCAUGGAAGAGAUGGAGUUCCAACGUUUUAUUGCCCCGUUAAAAGAAGCCCUGGAAGCAUAUAGGCGUGAACAGAAAGGCAAGAAGGAAGCUUCAGAGCAGAAGAAGAAGGACAAAGACAGAAAAACAGAUUCGGAAGAGCAAGACAAGAGCAGGGAAGAGGACAAUGACGAAGAGGAAGAGAGGCUGGAAGAAGAAGAACAGAAUGAAGAGGAGGAAGUGGACAACUAAAUGGGGUGGCAGACUGGCACCUUGGAAGGUACCACUCCCAGACGUUUCUGUGAAGCUUUUCUGUGCUGGGCAGAGCAGUCUCAGGCAGAAGUGCCUAAGAUCGAUUAAAACUGACUAGAAUUGUCGUCAAAACCAGCGCUUCCCAGACUCUCUGCAUCUGAGUAGCUGAGUCCUGUGCUGCUUCAUUGGUCUGAAGUUUAUGGGUUUUGGUGAGACUGAUUCUGAACUGCUAAUUAAAUUAGUCAGUUUGAUCACUCUUGGUUUCUUUAUGUAUGGCCAGGUGAUUUUUGAUCCCCAGUCUUCCUACUCCCCCCCAAAAAGUAAUAAUAACUUCAAUGCUGUCUGCUGUGUUACAGAUCGCAGAGGCAGUCAAGACUCAGGAAAAAUUUGAGUUUGCUUAUGGUCAGCGUUUGUUUGAUUGUACAGUCUUUGAUAAUAGUAGCUUGUUAAGAGUGGUCAGAAUGGUUAAGCUUUAGGAAACUACUAAAAAGCUGUGGGAGAAGAAUGAAGUCUUGUGUUGUCUCUUCACUUGACAGUAGCGUUAACAGAAUUUUGUUUUCUGUACACCCACUUGGCUUGGAGCCCUUCUAAAUUGCCUGUAGACGUUGGACCUGCUGUGGUGGCUGCACUCUGGGCACACAUGCUCUGAAGUCAGCAGUGUUGAUUGGAAUUAGUGAAGCAAGAGCCAAUGUCUUACUUUUACAGAACAGCAGGCUUAGUCUUAGAUGUAUCUCACUGCCUGCCGCUAUAUAGGUUUAGGAUUUGUUGUCACCUCCUGGAAGGUGUAAAAUCCCAGGCUUUCUCUUCUUGCAGUUCAUCUCCCAGACUUGUGAUUAUGAUGAGUUCCAAGCUUUAUUUGCUCUAAGCACAAUUUUCUCUCUCUAUGCUUCUUGUUCUCUCUUUCUCUCUCUCUCUCUCUCUCUCUCUGCGCCUCUCCUCUGCUCCCCAUCCCUUCUUUAUCUUCUCACUUCCAUCAACAUACAAACUUUGAUUACCCCAAAGUGUGAGGUCUUCUGAUUCCUUAGUUCUAAUUCUAUGCCCUUUUUUUUUUGAGUUGGAGUCUCACUCUGUCACCCAGACUGGAGUGCA